AUGGGAAUAACACUUAUUCUCUUAAUAUUACUUAUUCUCUUAACUUCAAGUUUCACAUUCUCUUCACCUGUUCAAGACCCUGAACUAGUUGUACAACAAGUCCAUGACAAUAUCACUUCAUCAAGAAGAAAUUUGGCAAUUCUCUCUUGCGGCACGGGUAACCCAAUCGAUGAUUGCUGGCGGUGCAACCCCAAUUGGGAGAAGAACCGCCAGCAGUUAGCGAAUUGUGCAAUUGGGUUCGGAAGACAAGCCAUAGGUGGAAGAGAUGGUAAUAUCUAUAUAGUUACAGACUCUGGAGACGACGCCGUGAACCCGAAACCCGGCACUUUGAGAUAUGGUGUCAUUCAAAAUAAACCUCUAUGGAUCAUAUUUGCUAGGGACAUGGUGAUCAAGCUCAAACAAGAACUCAUAAUGAAUUCAUUUAAGACCAUCGAUGGGAGAGGAUCUAGUGUGCACAUUGCAGGUGGACCAUGCAUUACAAUUCAAUAUGUCACAAAUAUAAUCAUCCAUGGUAUAAACAUACAUGAUUGCAAGCAAGGGGGGAAUGCUUAUGUGAGAGACACCCCACAGCACUAUGGGUGGAGAACACUUUCAGAUGGUGAUGGGGUUUCAAUAUUUGGUGGAAGCCACAUUUGGAUUGAUCAUUGUUCUUUAUCGAACUGUCAUGAUGGUCUUAUUGAUGCAAUCCAUGGAUCAACGGCUAUUACGAUUUCGAAUAACUACAUGACACACCACAAUAAGGUCAUGCUCUUGGGGCAUAGUGAUACUUACACACAAGACAAGAACAUGCAAGUCACUAUUGGCUUCAACCAUUUUGGUGAAGGACUUGUGCAGAGGAUGCCAAGAUGCAGACAUGGAUAUUUUCAUGUGGUGAACAAUGACUACACCCAUUGGCAAAUGUAUGCGAUUGGAGGUAGUGCAGGUCCAACGAUCAACAGCCAAGGAAAUAGGUUUCUUGCUCCAGAUAAUAGGUUCAGAAAAGAGGUUACCAAACAUGAGAGUGCACAACAAACCGAAUGGAAGAAAUGGAACUGGAGAUCCGAAGGUGACCUCAUGCUCAAUGGUGCCUUCUUCACUCGGUCUGGGGUUGGAGCAUCUCCUAGUUAUGCCAAGGCAUCGAGCUUAAGUGCAAGGCCCUCUUCUCUGGUUGGCUCCAUGACAAUGGGAUCAGGUGCACUUAGUUGCAGGAAGGGUACACGUUGCUGA